GACAGAAGAGACUAGCUGACGCGGAAUGGCCACGGGAAGGCGCUACGCUGGGAAGGUGGUCAUUGUAACAGGGGGCGGACGCGGCAUCGGAGCCGGGAUCGUGCGUGCCUUCGUGGAAAGUGGUUCCCACGUGGUCAUCUGUGACAAGGAUGAGUGUGGGGGCCGGGCCCUGGAGCAGGAGCUUCCUGGCACUGUCUUCCUCCGCUGUGAUGUGACUCAGGAGGAAGACAUGGAGGCCCUAAUCUCUGAGACUGUCCGCCGUUUCGGCCGCCUGGAUUGUGUGGUCAACAAUGCUGGCUACCACCCGCCCCUGCAGUGGCUGCAAGAGACUUCCGCUCAGGGCUUCCGACAGCUGCUGGAGUUGAACCUGCUGGGGACAUACACCUUGACCAAGCUUGCCCUCCCCCACCUGCGGAAGAGCCGAGGGAACAUCAUCAACAUCUCCAGUGUGGUUGGAGCCAUUGGCCAGUGCCAGGCAGUUCCCUAUGUGGCCACCAAGGGGGCAGUCACAGCUAUGACAAAGGCCUUGGCCCUGGAUGAGAGUCAACAUGGCGUCCGUGUCAACUGUAUCUCCCCAGGAAACAUUUGGACUCCAUUGUGGAAGGAGCUGGCGGCCUCAACUCCAGACCCCAAGGCCACAAUCCAAGAGGGCACAUUGGCCCAGCCCCUGGGCCGCAUGGGCCAGCCAGCUGAGGUGGGGGCAGCCGCUGUGUUCCUGGCCUCUGAGGCCAAUUUCUGCACAGGCAUCGAGCUGUUUGUAACUGGGGGUGCAGAGCUGGGCUUUGGGUGCAAGGCCAGUCCCAAGACCCCCGUGGAGACAUCCACUGACCUUUCCUGAUCUCCUUAUUCCCAAGUUGGACAUCCCCUGCCUAGGACCCUCCCACCCCACCCUUAGACCACCAGAUCCCCACCUCCCAUCAUCACCUGCCUGUCAAGUGCAUUUAGGUCUGCAUAAAACCACCUGCAGCCAGAAGAAGGAGGGCGUCAUUCCAUUUAUUUUCUGGCCUCUGUAUGAAUCCCACCCCACUCACGUCUGGUUCUGGACCUUGAAGGACUAAACUCCCAGCAGACCUCGAGGCUGGCUCCUAGGAAAAAUGGAGCAGGGUCUCCUCCAGCGCGCUAAUUAAAAGGCCCUCAGGGGAGAGUGAAUUAAGCCCUAACUGAUCACUUGGGAGAUAAUGGAAGAGGAAAAGCCAACAGUUCUCUUCAUUCUUGGAACUGAGGGGAAAGGAGUUUUCCUUUCUCUGUCUGGGGAGGAGGGUGGCCAGCACUGAGAGGUCCUGAGGGAAGAAAAGGCUGGGGUCUGGACUCCUGGGUCUGAGCGAGGUGGAGGCUGGAGACUUGUACUCCUGGGUGCGAGGGAGGAGGGGACUGGGAACCUGGACUCCUGGGUCUGAAGGAGGAGGGGACUAGGGACCUGGACUCCUGGGUCUGAAGGAGGAGGGGGCUGGGGAACUGGACUCCUGAGUCUGAGGGAGGAGGGGACUGGGGACCUGGGCUCCUGGGUGUGAGGUGGGAGAGGGCUGGGGACCUGUACUCCUGGGUGUGAGGGAGGAGGGAGCUGGAGUCUCUUGGGUCUGAGGGAAGUUGAGACUGAGGGUUGCAAACUUCCCGGCCAGGGUUGGAGAAAACCCGGGAUCUGCUAAGUGUGAACUCCCCCGGUGCGGGGGUGGAGCUGUAUGGAUGCCG